GCACCAGUGCACUUCCUUGACACGCAUCAACCGGUUAUUGAAUCAGCUCUGUGUGCUGUAUUCGACUUCUAGGGGUCGAUGUUCAUUCACUGAGCUGUCUCUUAUCGUGCGCGGUUUAUGAUUGUCGGGCUGCUGCACAGGCUGUCGGAGAAGCUUCCACGCGUUGUGCAUACGAUCAGUGUGAUGAAGAAGCCGCAGGUUGUGUUUGUUCUGGGCGGGCCUGGCGCGGGGAAAGGGACACAAUGCGCCAAAAUCGUGGAGACCUACAGCUACACUCACCUGUCUGCCGGUGACCUGCUGAGAGAAGAGCGCAGCCGCAAGGGGUCAGAGUUUGGUCAGCUCAUUGACAACUACAUCAAAGAUGGAAAGAUCGUCCCUGUGGAAAUCACCAUCAGCUUACUGAAAAAGGCAAUGGAGGAGACUAUGAAGGUGGAUGAAAACAAGUUCCGUUUUCUUAUUGAUGGUUUCCCACGUAACCAAGACAACCUACAGGGAUGGAACACUGUCAUGGAUGAGAAGGCAGACGUCAGAUUUGUUCUUUUCUUUGACUGUAGCAAUGAGGUGUGCAUUGACAGAUGUUUGGAGCGGGGUAAGAGCAGCGGACGCACUGAUGAUAACAGAGAAAGUCUAGAGAAGAGGAUCCAGACAUAUCUCCAGUCCACACGGCCCAUUGUAGAGCUGUAUGAACGGCAAGGGAAGGUGCGCACUAUUGAUGCCUCCCGCUCAGUGGAUAAGGUGUUUGCAGAUGUGAAAAACAUUUUGGAUAAAGAAGGCUAAAGCUACAUAUGUCCACGGCAAAAACAUUUUUAAAAUUAAGUUGACUGUUUAUUGAUUUUGGCAGUGCUAUGUCUUCAUGUAUCGAUAUACAUUUUUACUCAUUCAAUGGUAAUUUUUUUUAAAUGUGGGAGAGAGUGCGUGUAUCUAUAUGUUAGUAAUACACUGAAGAGGAACAAUAUCUCAGUAGAGAAUCAAGUAAUCUUAAGCAAUAACAUUCAGGACACUUCUAUAGGAACAGUACAUGCUUGGCAUAUAUGUGUUACAUCUAUUCAUGUUUAGGACUGUCUCAUAUUAUUAAGUGUUUAGAACAGAAUUAGAUACAAAUUGGCCAAGAAUAGGUCAGAAAAUGUUGCAGUUCCUGUAGGGUUCUGUGAACAUCUGCACUUAACUGUAUCGUAAGACAUUGUUCUCUAAGCAGAUGAGCAAUUGUAACUGACCUACAUGAAGUAAGAGUAUUUUAGUAUAUUACAAGACCUGUCUGUGUUAUUAUAUUUGGCAACAUUGUUUUGUAUAGUAAUUCAAAACAGGUUCUGAGGACCUAUUAGUAGCCUUUCAGAGAAUUGGGUUUUAGCUGUAAGUUUGACUUUUUGUUAUGUUGUGGUCAUUGCAAAAGUUGCUACUGUAUGUCAGACACAUGGCAUCUUUGCUCAGGCAAAAGAUUUACAUUUUUGGGGGCUCCUGAUUUUACUUGAUUGUCAUCUUUGAGGUCAUUCAUGAAUAAACUCUCUAUGUGUCAUAUUGAUAUGACAGUUCAA